GCUCUUGUGUCUCACUGUCUUGGCUACUAUGAGUGCGUGAAGAGCCAUUUGAUUUAUGAUCUUGAGUCUCUCUGCUUUUGUUUACUAUGAGUCAACGUAACUAAUCAAACCAAUGUUUUAGAUAAUAUCGUUAUUUCGUUGACUGAGAGAAACAGAAGGCAACCAAUGAAUUCCCGGCAAAGUAUUCCGACAAAGCUAAUGUUACUCUAUGGUGUUGUUCUGUUACAGCUGUUUGCUGCUCAAAUCAAUGCUCAAAGAUCUACAAGUACAUGGCAGACGCUGAGUGGUGAAGCUCCACUAGUGAUUGCUCGUGGUGGAUUUUCUGGACUUUUUCCAGAUUCUAGUCUCGCUGCAUUUCAAUUUGCAAUGCAGGCAAGUGUAGACGAAGUUAUUCUAUGGUGUGAUGUUCAGCUAACUAAAGAUGAAGUUGGGAUUUGCUUCCCUGAUUUAAAUCUGGCCAAUGCUUCAAAUAUACAAGAUGUUUACUCAACUCGUCGAAAAUCUUACCCGGUUAAUGGAGUCACUACUCAGGGUUGGUUCCCCAUUGAUUUCUCCUUGACAGAGCUCCAGAAUGUUUCUUUGAUCCGAGGAAUAUUAUCGCGCUCAGAAAAAUUCGAUGAAAAUGGAUUUGCGAUUUCGACGAUUCAAGAUGUAAACACGCAGUUAUUACCAAAAGAUUUUUGGUUAAAUGUUCCGCACGAUGCGUUCUACGAGCAACAAAAUUAUAGUAUGAGCAGUUUUCUAUUAUCAGCUGCAAGAACUGUUUCCAUUGACUUCAUAUCUUCCCCUGAGGUGGGUUUCUUUAGGAAAAUUGCUGGCCGUUACGGGCGCAACGGACCGAGUUUCGUGUUCCAGUUUCUUGGGAAAGAAGAUUUUGAGCCGACAACAAACCGAACCUAUGGUUCUAUCUUCAAUAACCUAACAUAUGUCAAGACCUUUGCUUCAGGAAUUCUCGUUCCCAAGUCUUACAUAUUGCAACUCGAUGACAAACACUACUUGCUUCCUCCUACAUCCUUAGUUCAAGAUGCUCACAAGGCAGGAUUAAAACUAUAUGCGUCAGGUUUUGCAAAUGAUGUUGAUAUUGCAUAUAACUACAGUUGGGAUCCAGUUUCUGAAUAUCUAUCUUUUGUUGACAAUGGCGUUUUUUCUGUUGAUGGUGUGCUCUCUGAUUUUCCCUUAACUGCAUCUGCAUCUGUUGACUGCUUCUCCCACGUUGGCAGAAACGCUACAAAACAAGUGGAUUUUCUUGUUAUCUCAAAAAAUGGCGCGAGUGGGGAUUAUCCUGGAUGUACAAACUUGGCAUAUGAGAAGGCAAUCAGAGAUGGUGCUGAAGUUAUCGAUUGCCCAGUUCAAAUGUCUAGCGACGGUAUACCCUUUUGCGCAAGUUCGAUAGAUCUCGCGAACAGCACAACGGUCAACCAAACUCAUCUCAGAAACCGUUCCAUAUUUGUUCCUGAGAUUAGCUCAGCUGCUGGAAUAUUUACUUUUAGUCUCACAUGGCAUGAGAUCCAGAGUUUGACUCCUGCUAUCUCAAACCCGUUUAGGCUUUACAGUAUGUCCAGGAAUCCGAAUGAGGGAAAUUCUGGGAACCUUAUUUCACUCUAUGAAUUCCUAAACUUGGCAAAAAACUCCUCUUCUCUCUCCGGUGUUUUGAUCAGUCUAGAGAAUGUAAUAUACCUAAGAGAGAAGCAAGGACUCGACGUAGUUAAAGUAGUUCUUAAUAGACUCACGGAAACUGGUUACAUCUUUGGAACAUUAAAGGUCAUGAUUCAGUCUACGACCAGCUUGGUUCUUGUUGACUUCAAGAAUCAGAGCAAGUACGAGACUGUCUACAAAAUUGAAGAAACCAUUGGUAAUAUUCCUGACUCGGCCAUCGAAGACAUAAAGAAAUUCGCAAAUGCUGUUGUCAUCAACAAAGAUUCAGUUUCUCCUAACUCUGAAUCGUUUGUCACUGGGCAAACAAAUGUUGUGGAGAGGUUGCAGAAGUCUCAGCUCCCGGUUUAUAUGGAACUGUUUCGGAAUGAGUUUGUCUCUCAACCAUAUGACUUCUUCGAUGAUGCAACUGUUGAGAUAAACACAUAUAUCUCUGGACACGGUAUUAAUGGAACCAUCACAGAGUUCCCUUUCACAGCUGCAAGAUACAAAAGGAAUCGAUGUUUGGGUAGAAAAGAAAUACCACCUUACAUGUUACCUAUUCAACCCGGUGGCCUCUUAGCCAUUAUGAAUCCUCUGGCCUUACCUCCAGCCCAAGCUCCAAACCCGAUUUUCACAUAUGAUGAUGUUACUGAGCCACCAGUACCUCCGGUUAUAGCAAAAUCCCCAACCUCAACCCCAGGAACAUCAUCAACCAUUGCAAAACCUCUAAGAAAUUUGUUCAAAGUAAUUCGCAUAGUUUCGGUGUCAGCAGCAGGAGUUGUAUUGUUCCUAGUCUUAUUAUCAUUAACAUUCUGUUUUCUCCGAAAGAGAGAAACACAGCUGAGACAACAGAAGCUGAAGGCUCUUAUUCCACUGGAACACUAUACUUAUGCACAGGUGAAGAGAAUUACAAAGUCAUUUGCGGAAAUUGUUGGGAGAGGCGGAUUUGGAAUUGUUUAUAAAGGAACACUUGGUGAUGGCCGUGUGGUUGCGGUUAAGGUCUUGAAAGACUCAAAAGGUAAUAGUGAAGACUUCAUGAAUGAGGUUGCGAGCAUGAGCAGAACUUCUCAUCUCAACAUUGUUUCCUUGCUUGGUUUCUGCUCAGAAGGUUCCAAAAGGGCAAUUAUAUAUGAGUUUUUGGAAAAUGGGUCACUUGAUAAGUUUAUCUCAGGCAAGACCUCCGUGGAUAUGGAUUGGACGACACUGUAUAGAAUUGCGCUAGGAGUUGCCCGUGGUUUAGAGUACUUGCACCAUAGUUGCAAAACAAGGAUUGUACAUUUUGACAUUAAACCACAAAAUGUACUCUUAGAUGACAAUUUUUGUCCCAAAGUUUCGGACUUUGGUCUCGCUAAGCUAUGUGAGAAGAAAGAGAGCAUUUUGUCAAUGCUGGACACAAGAGGUACCAUAGGGUACAUUGCACCAGAGAUGAUCUCGAGAGUUUAUGGGAAUGUGUCGCACAAAUCAGAUGUGUAUAGCUAUGGAAUGUUAGUCCUUGAGAUAAUUGGUGCAAGGAACAAAGAAAAAGCUAAUCAAGCCUCUCCUUCUAACACAAGUUCAAUGUACUUUCCUGAAUGGGUAUAUAGAGAUCUUGAAUCAGGCAAGUCCGGAAGGCAUAUUGAGGAUGGAAUUAACAACGUAGAAGAUGAGCUUGCAAAAAAGAUGACAUUGGUGGGUUUGUGGUGUAUUCAGCCUUCUCCGGUGGAUCGCCCAGCGAUGAACAAAGUUGUAGAGAUGAUGGAAGGAAGCUUGGAAGCUCUUGAAGUCCCUCCUAGGCCUGUUUUGCAGCAAAUCCCAAGAUCAAAUUUUCAAGAAUCUUCUACUCUUUCAGAGGAAGUCUCUGUUUAUACAGAAGGAUGAUCCAAGAAGCCACCAUGGAACCUAUCAAAGCAUGAAACUAGCUAUAUAUUUAUUCAAAAAAUCUCAUAUAUUGUCUACAUUCCGAAUUCAUGAGAAGACUUUUCUCUUAAACAAGUUUUUUAUGACUAUGUUAGACUAUUUGAGAAAGAUUUCUAUCACGAUAAAACAUUUGAGGCGUUACACCCUUAAAGAUGA